GUUCGUGGGAGUUAGUGCUGCGCAGGGAAACACAUCUGCGGCAUGUUGCCAAGCAACGACUGAUUCAAAUACGGAACAUUUCGAAUUUUGUUCAGCAUGAACCACAUUGGUGCAGGGUCUUUAUCACAAAUAGCAAAGGCUGUGAACAUUUCCCACAAGCACUCAAAAACAUCAGAUAAAAUAUGUUGCUCGAUGAGCUGUUGCACUGCACACUCUAAGUGUUGUCCCUCUGCUAAUAGAGACAUGCAGCACAAAACCAAACGACUGAAGACACGCAAGGAGAGGAGUCAAAUGAGAGAUGGUGGGAAGGACAUCUCAAGGACCAAAACAUAUCGUCAGUGUUGUCGCAGAAGCAGUAGAGACAUGCCUCGUGUCCAUAAAUGCUGUCAUAGUAGCUGUUGCUUUCCUUCAAAGAGUGAGACACCAUUUCUAAGUGUCGUUCCUGUUGCACAGGAGCCCAGUAUCAUCACAGACAGCCGCCUGAUAGGGCACCACGGCCUUUUUAACCAUGAGGUGAAGUCUGUUGAUAUUGAACGUUUGCUAAGUGAGCAGAAGGAACUGGAGCAAAGUGGACAGCAGGCAAAAAAAAACAAGAACAAUUCUACUUCACAUCCAUCUGCAGCGUUUCUCAUCCCUGCUGCAUUGUCCAGCGAUGGCCUGCUUGAUGUAGAUGUUGUUCCUCCUUGUAAAAAUAAAACAGACCCUGCAACAAAUACUCAUGAUAAUAGUCAAGAGAAGGAGAGGAAAGAGUUGAGUUGUCAAGGAUCAAAUAUUACACCGAGGCAGAGCCCUCAGCAACAAUUUGAACUUCCAUCUGGAAGUUUGAAAAACAUGUUCUCAUCUAAACACAGAUCCCUCAGUGUUGUAACAACGAAAACUGCCAACAGUGUUGCCUUUGAAGAGAGCAGAGAGUCACUAGUGACUAGAAAUGAUGCAAAGGCGUUAAAAAAGAGAGUAAAGAAACACACUACUCUUGAGCGAACCCCGAAGAACCCCGAGCCUCCUGUCCACCUGACACAAACUGAUGAUCUCGAUCCACUACAACGCUCCUGCUCACCUACUUCUGACAGCGAUGACACGCAGCACAGAAGACAAGAUCCUGCAUAUGUAUCUAAGGCUAUCAGUACCGUGGCGGCACGUUUGUGUGAGUCUUUGCAGUUCCCAUAUCUGAGAAGGAGAAACCUGGUGUCAGAGGGCAGGGAGGUGCUCGUGAAGAAGCUGCGGGAGAGGCACGGCCCCUGGCUUCAGGAGAACCUCCUUGAAGUGCAGCGAGGCCUUAUCUUUGAUAGAGAUCCCACACAGGCAGCCCAAGAUCAGGAGACAUGUAUGACAGAUGAGAGUGAGCCCUUGUAUGCAGAUACAUCUGUUAGAAUGAAACAAAGUAGACAUUUUAAGUGGCAGUCCACUCCACAGCCACACCAGAGAUUGGAACAGGUGAAGUCUACUGAGUGGUUGACAAGCCCCAUGGACAUUUCUGUUAACCUUUUAGAUGAGGGCCUCAAAACUAGGUUCUCUCCUCGCCUAUGUAUGGAUUUUGAGUCCACUGGAGCUUCAGCAGAAAAAUUUUUUGUUCCCUCCCCUGCCAUAUGUCGGGAAGAAAAUCCCUCACCGUCUGAGCCUUGGGAGGGAAUUUUCAUUAAGUCACAGGGCGACAAAAUAAUUACAUGGGAUUCCCUUGAUGAGAACUUUAUAAAAACCAGCGCAGGUAGAGAGAGGAGCUGUGGGCCACAAUAUCCUGACAGUAACAUCCAGCCUUUCUUUCCUAACCAAGUACAGUUACCAGCAGAGUCAUUGCACGUUACUGACAGAUACUUCCCUGUCCAAGCUCAUCACCGUCAGAGCGAUCACUUCAAGCCUUUCAGCCAGUUCAGUUGGUCUUCAAAUUGUCCUCCCCCUCCCCUCAGAUCCCACCCCUUGGAUAUGAUACAUUUCCCCCCGUCUGACAUGCUUGGAAGAGACCCAGCACCUCUCAGUUCCUCAUUGCUGAGCCCUGAGCACUGGUCCUUCCCUCCUAUGAGGCUGUACUAAUGUGUAGUGAAGCUCUGCAUAGAGACAUGCCUUGCAUAGAAACUAAAAAAACAGUUUUCUAUUCAUUUGUACCAUCAAGACAGCUACAAAAAUGUGUUGUGCUUCUAUACUUUAUUGAGAGGACAGAAUUAAAUCACUGCCAUCUCAAGAACGAUACCUCAUUUUCCCUUUCAUGCUGUGACGAAGAAACACACAAUUAUGCAUAGUUUACAUCUCUGGAGCAUGUUUAUUAUACAGAGCUGGGCAUUAAACACACAGGUGCUAUAAUGGUAAUUUAGCUGUAUUUGUUCUAUUUUUUUUCUGUGGGCUAUAUUUAAAUGCAAAAAAACAGAAGUUUAUUUGUAAAAAAUGAAUAAUAAAGAAAUUCUGACUCAA